AGGAAACAGCCGGUCACUCGGACAGUCGUGGUAGUGGCGCGUCUGCAGACAGACCGAGAGCGAUGGACGAAGCGUCGCUCGAGCUAGACCCGGCGGUCGCCGUGGAACCCUCGUCCAAGAAGCGGCCCCUGGCCAACACCUUCGCCGCCAAGAAGACGGUCGCCCAGGGGAUGAUGGACAUCGCCCUUCUGACUGCCAACGCUAAUCAACUGAGAUUCGUGUUGGAGUACAGCUCCAACUCCAAGACCUACUAUUUGGUCAUCGUCCUCAUCUCGAUCAGCCUUAUAUUGCAGGUGGCGGUAGGAGUCUCCCUUAUCUUCAAGGGUCGCUGCGAUCUCAAGGGUGAUUCCAAGCUGGAGAAGGCCAACCAGAUCAACAACUACGUGGUGGUUGGAGUGUUUCUGAUCACAAUCAUCAACGUGUUCAUCGCUGCCUUCAGUAUCACGGGAGAGGCGCCCUACCGCUCCUCGUCGUAGUCCCCCAAUACUUUGCUAGAGUCUCAUAGUCAACUGAAAUUUAACAAGAGUCUCAUAGUCAACUGAUGUUAAAAAAAUCUCAUUGUCUCCUGCCUGAUAUAUUGCAGAAGUCUCAUAGUCCCCCAAUAUUUUGCCUAAAAAAACUCAUACCACCCUGAUAUUUAGCCAAAGUUAAAGUCUCCGGAUAUUUUGCCUUAAAAACUCACACUCUCCUGACAUUUAGCCAAAGUUAUAGUCCCCUGAUAUUUUGCAAAAGCUAUAGUCUCAGGGUGUAUUGCAAAAGUCUCAUACUCAAUUUAUUUUGUUAUCAGCUCAUGCUUCCUUGCCUUUGUAAUAGGUAUCAGAGUCUUUUGGCAAAUCCUAAUUAUCUCCUGAUUCUAAUAGUUUGCCAAUGUCUUGUAACAUUCUGAUCUUCGUUUUUAUAGUGGCAUACUCAAUGAUACGCACCAUAAUCUCCUGAUCUUUUGGCAAGAUCUCAAAGUCUAGUAAUAUUUUGUUACGACGAAACGCCUUGUCUUCGGAUAAAUCUUAAACCUUUGAGAGGCUCAACUCGUGAAUCUUGACUUUGACCAGAUCUCGUCGUUUCCCGUUUCUCUUAGAUGCUCGAUGAUCUCUUCGUAAUUAAAUAGGGCAUUAUACAAUACCAUUAUUAGUGUGUAACGGAUAGUAUGAACCAAAAACCUUUCCUUAGAUAACCAAAUAAUCUUGCUUUAUAAUCAGAAAGUGUUUUUAAUAAAAGUAUUUAUAUUUAAAGACUAUUACGUGUCGAUAUUUUGCCUACUUAGUUAAAAUAAGUUUUAAAUGUUAUAAGUGGCAUACAUAUAGGACAAUUCAAUACGGUAGUAGGCCUAUAAAAGAAGAUUUGUAUACGAAAAUAAUGAAUAGGAGCUUACAUUUGGGUUUGGAUUCGUUCUUUUGUAGAACAAGGUAAACUGUCAUUGCUCAAUUGUUUGAAGUCCAAAUUAGCUGCAAUUUCAGCUAGAAUCCUCAUCAAUGAACAACGAAAGAUCUGACGCAAUUGUUUGGUAUGAUGACGCAAAUGUCUGAUUCAUGUGUGUUUUGUAAUAGAUGAUAGUACCUAUGUUUAGUUUAACUUACAUUAUAUAAAUUUUAUAUCUGUUUAUGUAAGGAGUGUUGUGUAAAUAUUUAAGAGUAGGUUAUAUAAGAAGUUGCAUUAUUUGUACUGUGAUAAUUAACAUAUCUUUUUACGUUAAAGUAAAAAUAAAGAU